AUGGCUCCCCCACCAUACAUCCCACCUUGUGCCCCUUACGGCGCAUAUCCAUCAAGCUAUGGCUACCAACCAUCUCUCGCCGCAGGAAUAUUCUUCAGUAUUUCCUUUGGCCUCUACACAUGCGCAAACGUCAUCAACACCUUCCGCACCCGCUGCUGGUGGAUGGGUAUUUUCUUCAGCUGCGGUACCAUCCUCGAAGUCAUCGGUUGGAUUGGUCGGACUGUCGCCCACUCCUGUACUUACUCGGGCGAGAUCAACACCAUGCAAAUCGCAACGCUUAUAAUGGGACCUGCAUACACUCAAAGUGGUGUCUACAUUGCGCUGUGGAUGAUCAUAACGAUCCUAGACCGAAAAGUGUCGCCUGUACCGCCAAAGCUCUAUUUGCUCGUCAUAUUCGGUGUGGACUGUGUAUGUCUCAGUCUUCAAGCCAUCGGCGGUGGCUUGGCUGGUGCUGCAUUCGACCAAGGCACCAGUACAUCCACCGGAACGACUAUCAUGGUUGUCGGAAUUAUCGCACAACUGGUCUCUGGCAUGGUGUUCGCUGGAUUCUUGUGCAUCGUCUUCCCACGUGGAGCUUCGCAAAUCAGAGCUAGCCGACCACUCUUAUUGGCAUGCACUGCCAUUGUCAUUAGCACCACCAUGAUGAACUUGCGAGGCUUUUAUAGAUCUGUCGAAUUGUGCCAAGGCUGGACUGGCCCGCUCAUCACACACCAAGGCUAUGUCAUUGGCUUGGAUGCAGCGCCGAUGCUUGUUGCUAUGGGAGUCCUGGCUGUGUUGAAUCCUAGUGUGCUCUUGCGCCGAGUUAAGACGAAACAAGUUGUAGAAGCGGACGUGAAUCCGAUCGACGUGGAGAAGGGAGUGCCAAAGAGACUGGACUCUGAUGCUGAGACUUGA